AUGCGUACUCGUCCCGUGUGUACUUAUUGCGGAAGGACUGGGCAUGAAGAACGUACAUGCUAUCAACUUCAUGGGUUUCCUGGUGAUACUGGUCGGGGUCGCGGUAGAGGACGAGGCAGUGGACAAGGACACAAUACCGGCAGGGGGAGGGAAGUUGGUUUUGGGCGCGCCAAUGUCGCUCAAGCCAAUUUUGGAUCGGCCUCAUCUCAGCCACAUACCAUCACGAGUGCAUAUCGUCAAGGCUUAGGACUCAACAAUGAACAAUGGGAGACUCUUGUCAAUCUUCUCAAUUCUGCAAAGCCUGCUCCUCGUGAUCGUUUAUCUGGGUUAACGAACCGUCAUCUCCAAUUUUAG